UCCAUUUUUUACUCUGCUACUCCACCCAUAUGCGACACACACUCGUUAUGGUAAGUAGCUUUGCGUUUAUUGUUCCGUUUAUGAAUAGGUUAGAAAGAGACAGGAUAAAGCUCUAUGCAGAUCCUGGAAAGUUUGCUGUAUUUGUUAAAUGAUCUGAAAGGAUUGAUGGAGUAGAAGAGCUCAAUUUCACAACAGAUGAACUAAAAUCUCAGCCACCUUUCUCCUCCACCUCCCUUUCCCAGGUGUCCACUCUAAGACCCACCAGGCUUUAUUGGUUUUGUUGUGGCAGGUAGAAGAGGCAACCCCUCCCCCCUCACCCCCAACACAUACAGAGUCACCAACACUUUGCUGUUGGUUUUCAAAAAAUUGGGUCUUUGAGAAAUCUGCUGUUUGUGGUUUUCUUGAUCAAGGUCUACCAGGUCCAAUAAGGACAUUAGAAAGAGUAGUUUAGCCAGGUUAUAAAGGAAGCAAUGCAGCUGAAACAAUCUGACAAAGAAGAAGGCAAGAAGGCAGCCAUAGUUGAUGCAAGUGAGAUAGACAAGUUGAAGAAAGAAGAUGAUUCUCCCGAUGAAAUUGUCUACAACCCUACUACCAACAGCAACAAUAGCACAGCUACUGCCAGUGGGGUUAAAUCAUAUCCAAGUGACUCCAGUACUAUCAAAGUUACAUGAGAUCUGUGCAGCAAACCACUGGAACCCCCCUAUAUUUGACUGUUGCAAGGAGGAAGGGCCAAGGCACCUGAAAUUGUUCACUUUCAAGGUUAUAAUCUUGAUACGAGAGGCCUCAACUAUGAUUUUGGAGUGCAUCGGCAAUCCUCGGUCAAAAAAGAAAACAGCAGCAGAUGAUGCAGCUGAAGGGGCACUAUGGUACUUAAAGCAUACAGGUUAUCAACCAAAACACCGUAAGAAUAAAAAGGGGUUCUGAUUAUUAAGCUUAGAUCAGCAUAUAUAUUUUAAUUAUCCGCUGAUCUUUUCAUUUGUAAUAAAGAUCAAUUACCAGAAUAACAUGCUGAUAGCACAGAUAGUAUGUAGUUGGAAUUUUUUGUGUUCAGAGUGUUGGGAUUAAUAAGAAAAGUU